UUGCACAGUAUUAUUGCGAAGGGGUAAAGUAAUUUCACUUGGCAAAAGUCAUAAAAUGGAAUGUGUGUCGGCGUAGUUGAUCCCCUGCAUGCUGCCGUCUGAAGAGCCUGUGCAGGAGAAGAGCACCAAGCAUGGACGUGGAAGACUUUCCUCCCCCGCCUCCUGAAAUGUUGGCAGACAAUGUUGCCUUUGCAGAUGAAGAUGAGGGAGAAGCUUUUGACUUUGAUGACAGUGGUGAUGACAUCCCCGAGGCCGACCGCCCACCCCCUGCACCUCCAACUCCUCUAGCCUCCGGCAGCAAAGAUCAGAGCCAGAACAACAAUGUGCCCAGUCACCCCGAGGGCCAUCUCCCCAGUCCGGACCCCCCAGCACCUUCCACCACAUCCAACACAGCUCCAUCAUCAGUAGACACAACAGUUGCCACGAGCAGAUCCUCCACAGCAGGUGGAGCAACAGCAGAAGGAGAGGAGACAUCUGCUGCUGAGGGGUCUGAUGACAAGGAGACAGAUUUACUACCACCUCCACCCCUUCCUCUUGAUGAAGAUGCAGAGACAGAUCCUGAAAGAACAGGGAGUGAAGGCCAGGAGGAGGCCAGCAAUAAACCGCACCCUCCACAAGAAGUCCCCAGGACCUCCUCCCAGGGAAAGGUCAACCCCUACUCUGUGAUUGACAUCAGUCCCUUCCAGCUGCUGCAGCUCGAGCAGCAGCACGGACCCUCCUCUUCCCCUUCCUCACCAGGGGAACCCAAAGAACGAGAGGGAGAGGCUCAGGAUUUCCACACCAGCCCCGGCGGCAUCACCUCAGGCUAUUCAGUGCCGGUGCCCUGUGGCUAUGCAACCCCCUCUGGUGUACCCCUCAUCACGCCAACUUACACCACACCUGUCAUCAUUCGACACCUCUCCAUGGAUGAGGAUGUCAUGGUGGUCGGGACUGGGAGCGCUUGUGUUGACAGUGUUUUCAGUGAAGAGUAUCCACCUAUUAGAGAAGAGGAUGCUUUGGCUAAAUGGGCGUCUGAUCCUGCCAACACUGCGUGGAUGGAAAAUCCAGACGAGGUGAUUUAUGAUGACGUGCCCAGAGAGAACUCUGACUCCAACACAGAACCAGAUGAGAUGAUCUAUGAUGAUGUGGAGUUCGGCGAGGAGGGUGGCUGCAAUAGUUCCCUUGACAAUGGUUGGAGCUCAAGCGAGUUCGAAAGCUAUGACGAGGCCAGCGACGGGGAAGGUCGCCCUGAGAAUGGCCUGCCCCACGCUUUCAUGAGAGGGAAGCCACCCCAGAGGAAGACCCAUCUCUCUCAAGAUCUGACACGCUUGAAAGAACACUAUGAGAAAAAGAUGAAAGAUCUAAUGGCAAAUACAGUGGGAACGGUAGAGCUGCAGCAGCUAAAACAGAAACAAGAGCAGAAGAUGCAAAAGCUGGUGAAAGCAGCUAAAGAAGGGACCAAAGAUGGCCUUGAGAAAACCAAAGCUGCAGUGAAGAAGGGACGAUCUUUCAUUAAAACCAAGUCAUUCUGUAAUGAGAGGAAGUCGGCCUGCUUUGAGGAUGAGGAGUCUCAAGUCUUCAUUGAGGUGGACUGUUUCAACGUUGAGCCAGUCUUGGGUCCAGUCCCAGAGGGCCUUUCACAGCAACAACUGGUGAGAAGAUGUAUAUUGGGGUCUAUACUGGAGAGUGAGAAGAACUAUCUCGAUGCACUGAAGAGGAUAUUAGAGCAAUAUGAGAAGCCCCUAUCCCAGAUUGAGCCGAGGCUACUGAGUGACAGGAAACUGAAGAUGACCUUCUACCGAGUGCGUGAGAUCCUGCAGUGCCACUUCCUGUUCCAGAUCGCACUGGCGAGCCGUGUGGCGGAGUGGGACAGCCUGGAGAUGAUCGGCGAUGUCUUUGUGGCAUCGUUCUCAAAGUCCAUGGUGCUGGAUGCCUACAGUGAGUAUGUGAACAACUUUAGCACAGCAAUGGCAGUGGUGAGGAAGACCUGCACAUCUAAACCUGGCUUCCUGGAAUUCCUGAAGCAUCGACAGGAGACCAGCAGUGACAGAAUGACUUUGUAUGGCCUGAUGAUGAAGCCUAUCCAGAGAUUCCCACAGUUCAUUCUGCUCCUCCAGGACAUGCUGAAAAACACACCUGUGGGUCACGCAGACCGUUUGCCUCUGCAGAUGGCUCUGACCGAACUUGAGACAUUGGCUGAGAAACUCAAUGAGAAGAAAAGGGAAGCCGACCAGCGAUGCGAGAUCCGUCACAUUGCAAAGGCCAUGAACGAACGCUACCUCAACAAGCUUCUGAGUAAUGGCAGCCGCUACCUGAUCCGCUCAGAUGACAUGGUAGAGACGGUCUACAAUGAGCGUGGUGAAAUCAUCAAAACUAAGGAGCGACGACUCUUCCUGCUCAAUGAUGUUCUCAUGUGUGCCACGCCCAAUAUCCGAUUUCAGGAUGGCAGUGGGAGCGGCAGUGGCAAUGCCCCACUCGAUCAGAGGUUCCUUCUGAAGUGGAGUGUGCCGCUGAGCUUUGUGGAAGUGCUGGAGUUCGGAUCCAGUGAGGACAUGGCCGACAACACCCGCUACCAGGCACCCCAUUCUGGGGAGAAGGUGGUCAUCAACGCUAAGCCAAACAAGCUGUACAUGGGCCCGGGUCAGCUGUACCAAGAUCUGCAGAACCUAAUCCACGACCUUAGCUUGGUCAGCCAGAUCGCCAGCAUGAUCAGCAGCCUUAAAGGCAACUACCAGAAUGUAAACCCCACAGUGGCCCAGGACUGGGUAUCGGGCCUCCAGAGGCUGAUUCUGAAGAAGGAGGAGGAGAUCAGAGCAGCUGACCGGUGUAGGAUUCAGCUUCAGCUGCCUGGCAAACAAGACAAGUCGGGUAAACCCACUUACUUCAGUGCAGUGUUCAAUACCCUCAACCCAGCCAUCAAACAGUCAUGGAUCAGUAACUUGCAGAUGGCAAAGCUGGCUCUAGAGGAGGACAACCUGCAGGGCUGGUUCUUUGCAGAGGAUGAUGGGAACCAGAUCAAAAAGCAGAAACACCCUCUCUUGCUUCGACAAAUGCCUGUGGUCAUGUCAAAACUGCAGGAGUUUAAGGUGGAGUGUGCUGUUCAUAACCCAGAGCCCCACAUCAACACAGAGACCACAGCAGACACUCCCAUCGUGGGCCAUGGCUGUAUCUGGGUUGCAAGUUGUACGAACCAGAUGGGCCAGAUAGCCAUAGUGGCCAUGCAGAACUGCAGCCCUAAGGUGACAGAGUGUUUCAAUGUGGAGUCCCGUAUCCUCUGCAUGACAUUCGUCCCUGCAGAGCUACCCCAGGAGAAUGGCGAGAAGGUUCCUGAAAACAACCACGUCCCUCCGGCAAAGGCCACUGAUACGCCCACUGUCUGUCUGGGCAUGGAGGAGGGCAGCAUCAUUGUGUAUAAAAGUAGCCAGCGGUCCAAAAAAGUACGUCUGCAGCAUUUCUUCACUCCAGACAAAUCCACUGUCACCAGCCUGGUCUAUAAGAAACACUGUCUGUACGUCGGCUUGGUCAGCGGCUCUGUGGCCAUCUACUCCAGAUCACAAGAUGGUUUGUGGAACUGUGACAAGCCCACGGUGCUGAAGCUGGGAAUCCUCCCAGUUAAGUCCAUGCUGGCAGUGGAGGAGCACCUCUGGGCUUCAUCAGGUGGACAGGUCUUCAUCAUCAGCACCCACACACACUGUGUGGAGAGUCAGCUGGAGGCCCACCAGGAGGAGGGUAUGGUGGUGUCCCACAUGGUGGUGGCCGGGGUGGGCAUUUGGAUUGCCUUUAGCUCUGGUUCCACUCUUCGCCUUUUCCACACUGAGACCCUGGAGCACCUGCAGGAUAUUAACAUUGCCACACCUGUCCACAAUAUACUGCCUGGGAACCAGAGAGUGUCAGUGAGCAGUCUGCUGGUUUGCCAUGGACUGCUUCUUGUAGGAACCAACCUGGGGGUGACUGUGGCCCUCUCUGUGCCCCGACUGCAGGGCAUCCCCAAGGUCACAGGUCGGGGGAUGGUGUCCCUGCACGCUCACAACGGACCAGUGAAGUUCCUCACUGUGGCAGCUGCUGUGUGUAACCGUCUUUCUGGCCUUCCAUCCUCCACCCCUCCCACCUCGGUGCAUCCAACAGAGGCAGAGGAUGGAGAAAGCGUUCAGCCCCCCUCAGAUUCAGCCCUGACUCCCCCUCGGGGACGAGGCGUGUGGCUGGGAGAGGCGGGUUGCACCACCAUGGCUCUCCAGGACUCCCUGUCUUCCUCGUCCUGCGGCUCCCUAGCACAGUCCCAGGGCUCUUUGGAGCACGGACCUGAGGACGGGGCUCUAUAUGAUGUGCUCCAUGACCCGGCCCACCACCAGAGGGGCCGCCGGGCAAGCAAGGUUGACGUGAGCUCUCUGCUGGUGAUAUCUGGAGGUUCAGGCCACCGCAGGGUCAACAAAAAGACCAAACAGUCACGUCAUGAGGAGACCACCUCUACCAUCAUGACCUGGCAGAUCCCCUUACUCAACAUGUGACACACCACCACCUCAGUUAGAACAGAGGUGCUGCACACAACUGUCACAAGGAGAUCUGGUGCUACACUUUACUGAAUAUUUUGGAGUAAUAAAUGUCUUAUUUAAACCAGAACUGCAUCAGCCACUCUACACUAUUCCCAAGAUGUUUCUAAUGAUGUCUCCUACCAUUAAAAACAAACAAAACAGAGGAUCAACACAAGCAUUCAAUCAUCAUGCCUGAAACACCAGCCUACAGACCAGUCAAAAGGAUAUACUUAAAGAUGAAAAACUCUGAAAUGUCUUUAAUUUCACCCUCUGAUACAGUUGGUUGUUGUUCUUUAACUAAUAUAUUACAUGACUCUCCAGUGUGUGCAUCACACAAGAUGACUGUACAGGACUGCAGUAUUUAAAUCAGUGUUGAAAAGAAUUUAGAGGUUGUAAGAGAUGACUGCUUGAAAGGGGUGUAAGGUAACGACGGGGCUGUUACAUAAAUGUUUUAUUAAGAUUAGGAUUAGGUUUUGGCCAAAUUUGAUCUCAUCUGUGACGGCCAGAGUUGUAAAUAUGAAGUAUGACAACUCAGGAUUACAUGUGUAUGUGUAUGGGUCUCGAACAAAGGUGUUUAUACGGAAUUAUUACCACUGGACCACUGAAACUAGUCCUAACCUCCUGUUAACAGAAAAGGGAUAAAAGGUGAAAUAUUGAUGACUGAAUUAGUUUGGAAAGGCUUUAUGAGAUCCCUGGCUGGCCAGGUUUCUAUACAUAUGAAAGGUAUGAAAGAUAUGUUAUCACCUGGAGGGAUUUUUUUUUGUUUAGCUCUAAUGCAUCUUCAUUUCUCACUUAAAGAUGUUUGAAAAAAGUUAAAGCUUUAUACUGUCACAAUUUAUAUGUACUGUA